GAGCUCUGGGCCCAAGGCAGCAUGGAUUACGGAACAGCUUCUUUUGCAGUCCAUCGUCUAUUACCCACGUUCACGUUAGCCGCCUCCAACCCAUCGUCAACAUCAUCCAUCCACAUCCAGCCGCCGUGACCGCAAGCGCCACCACAACAACUCUGUGGCGAUCGCAGGCCCCAACUUGCCCUUCGCAUCUUGCGACAUCCAGCGAAAUUCGUGCGGCUAUCCAGCAAUCCUUCGGCGUCCUGCCCCGUCGUCAUCAUGCCUUCCGCCACGGGUCAAAACUGGGAGAAGUACAGGAAAAAUUUCGCGGACGACGAGAUAGAGGAGAAGAAGAUCACACCAUUAUCAGAUGAGGAUAUUCAAGUUCUCAAGACAUAUGGUGCCGCGCCCUAUGGAGCCGCCAUCAAGAAGCUCGAACAGCAGAUAAAGGAGAAGCAGCAGAGCGUAGAUGAGAAGAUCGGCGUGAAAGAGUCAGACACCGGACUCGCACCGCCGCACCUCUGGGACGUUGCCGCUGAUCGCCAACGGAUGUCGGAAGAGCAACCGCUUCAGGUAGCGCGGUGCACCAAGAUCAUCCCGGACGAGAAGGACGAGUCCAAGAGCAAGUAUGUCAUCAACGUCAAGCAAAUCGCCAAGUUUGUCGUCCAGCUCGGCGAUCGCGUCAGUCCGACAGAUAUCGAGGAGGGGAUGCGCGUCGGUGUCGAUCGGAACAAGUACCAGAUCCUCCUCCCGCUCCCACCCAAGAUCGACGCGAGCGUGACCAUGAUGACGGUCGAGGAGAAGCCCGACGUCACGUACGGCGACGUGGGCGGCUGCAAGGAGCAAGUGGAGAAGCUGCGCGAGGUCGUCGAGAUGCCGCUGCUGUCGCCCGAGCGCUUCAGCAACCUGGGCAUUGAUCCCCCGAAGGGCGCGCUGCUCUACGGCCCUCCUGGUACCGGCAAGACCCUCUGCGCACGCGCCGUGGCCAACCGGACAGACGCCACCUUCAUCCGCGUCAUCGGCAGCGAGCUUGUCCAGAAGUACGUGGGCGAGGGCGCGAGGAUGGUCCGCGAGCUCUUCGAGAUGGCCCGGACCAAGAAGGCCUGCAUCAUCUUCUUCGACGAGAUCGACGCUAUCGGUGGCGCCCGCUUCGACGAUGGCGCAGGAGGCGACAACGAGGUGCAGAGGACGAUGUUGGAGCUCAUCACGCAGCUGGAUGGCUUCGACGCGCGCGGCAAUAUCAAGGUCAUGUUCGCGACGAACCGGCCGUCGACGCUCGAUCCUGCCCUUAUGAGGCCGGGUCGUAUCGACCGCAAGAUCGAGUUCUCCCUGCCCGACCUCGAGGGCCGCGCCAACAUCUUGCGCAUCCACGCCAAGAGCAUGUCGGUCGAGCGCGACAUCCGGUGGGAGCUCAUCUCGCGACUGUGCCCGAACGCCACCGGCGCCGAGCUGCGCAGCGUGUGCACCGAGGCCGGCAUGUUCGCCAUCCGCGCGCGGAGGAAGGUGGCGACCGAGAAGGACUUCCUGAGCGCCGUCGACAAGGUCAUCAAAGGCAAUCUGAAGUUCAACUCGACUGCUGCGUACGCGCAGUACAACUAGAGCCGGUUUCGUUUCUCAUGCAUGUACGAAUAGAGCCUCAUCCAUUGCAAGCUGGCAGCAGUCCCAAUGAUGGUAAAUACGCGGAAGCAUGAGAACGACUGCAAGCGCGGUGGAUUUGUUGAUCAAUUGCUGUCUGCUACAUGCAAACCCGUGAUAAUUCCUGCUAGACACUCCCUAUCGCUCGCUCUGUUCGCCAAACCGUUGGCGAUUUCGUUAAUGCCCGACAAGAUGUGCCCUGGCUAAGAUUAUGCACAGCUGCUAGUGCUGCCUCAACGGUACGCUUUCGCCGUGACGUCUCUGAAUGCUUGCCCGGCCUCUGAUCAACACCAUCUCUAUGUCGAACUGCAUGCCAAAAUAAACAUAAGCCCCCCUGUAGUGACGACCAGCUAUGCAUGGCUACCCCAUAUUUGCUUAUCCGCUAACAGGGUUGGUCAAUACUGUGUAAGACCGAGGGAGCUGCAUAGCUACCGACA